AUGUCUAAACUGGUGAGCAGAAGACUUCAACGAUCUCAUGUGUCCUGCCCUGAAUGGGAUACACAAUCGACCACGGGGAAUUCUUCCGAUUUCUCUUGGUACUCGGCGGGUACAUCCAUCAACCAACGUGGCACACUGAUCGACAAUCGAGUCAAAGUAGUAGUCUCAGUGGAGCAGACUUUAUACGAUGUGGUGGAACUGCUGGAACAACGCCUGGGGCUCUGCUUAUCUGACUGUCAGUUUUAUCUGCAAGAUCGAAUCAAACUUCGUGGUGAGUCCCCACUAGUGGAACAUUGCGUCGAGAUCUCUGGUCUCGUUCAAUUACUUUUGGAAAUCAAAACCGCCCACGGGGGAUAUCCGAUACGUUUGAAUGUGGUUGAUAUUCAAAUUCCGGAACACUUGGAUCAAAAUCAGUCCGGAUAUUCAUCUUCCAAGUCGAAUUUACAGAGUCUAAGUUUUUCGGGUGCAUCGACGGCAAGUACAUUUCAGACUUCGUAUGCCAUCACAUCUCGUUCGGAUGAAACGCGUGUGACCAAUUCCGAGACGGGAUCACAAGGGACAAAUGCCAGCCCUGAACCACCGUGUAUUUCCCCCCUGUUAGUUGCCGUGGCAACAGCGGCAGCUGCAGAUAUUGCAGCUGGUGGCACGGGUCUUCCGGACGAUGAUCCCUCACAGAGGAAAACGAAAAGUGAUGCGGACCACACAGGUUCCGACGCAGACCACGCUACUUCUGAUGAUCUGAAUUCUUCCUACUCAACUUCUGUACAUAGUAUUGGAACGGUUUUUCCUGUACUUCCGGCAACCUAUGACUUCGAUAGUAUUACUCGGUGGGUAUCGGACAACCAUUAUCGACGUCUGAUGGAAAUGAACAAUAUUCCUCGUGAUCCGGCCAAAUGGAAUUCCACUCAAGUUAUCAUGUGGAUCAACUGGGCAUGCAAACAAUUUCGCAUCGAGGGGGUAAAGGGUGAUAAACUGUUUGAUAUGCCCGGGUCACGGAUGCUUGGUCUCAAUGCAAGCGAUUGGAGACGGUUGAUUCCAAACGCAACAGUCAAUUUCCUGACUCAUUUGGAGCUGCUCAAGCGAUGUCGUGAAAUAUGUGUCCCAUACCAACCUCAGCCUCCGCCUGCCUACACAGUUACGCAACAAUCGCAGCGCUUGUACCGCCAAAUGAGCCGGUCUCGUCUGCGCAAUUCUCGUCACGCGGGCGAUUCCACAUCUGCAAUAAGUCGGGCGUACGGUGGAAGUGGAGUUCUGUUCACGUCUGCCCAUCCCUCAACACCGAACGCGGCUAGUGUGAGUAGCUUCCAUUCCCGGUUUCUAGGCUCAAAAUGUGGCCUUAUGGAUGGUGGAAACACAUUCUUGCCAGUUGCAAGUGCGGUCGCUGUGCGCUCGGCCACUAGCUCAUUCUGCUCCCUUAAUUCCGGUUUGGCUGGAUUUUUGUCCAUCGUUCCUCCUUCUCUGCGCCCACCAGUUCAGUCUAAUCAACUGGCUCAUCUGACACAGGGUUCCAGCGCGAUACCAGUCGUGACUGGUGCAGAAAACCCGUCAGUGGCUUCCUCUACCGCUGCUGCCGCCGCCGCUGCCGCGGCUGCUGCUGCUGCCGCUGCCGCCGCCGGUCAAGUGCAGUUGUGGCAAUUCCUGCUAGAAUUGUUAACUGACUGGCGACAUCGUGAAGCAAUACACUGGAUCAGUGAUGAUGGGGAAUUCAAGUUGAGCAAUCCGGAACAGGUAGCUGCUAUGUGGGGUCUGCGCAAGAACAAACCGGCCAUGAACUAUGAAAAACUUUCCAGAGCUCUGCGGUACUACUAUGAUGGUGAUAUGAUUUCAAAAGUUCAUGGAAAGCGUUUUGUUUACAAGUUUAUUUGUGACUUGAAGACAUUGCUGGGCUUUUCUGCUGGUGAACUGUAUCUGUUGGUUAAAAACUGUGCAGAAAAGCACAUCAUCCGAAAUCGAAAACGACGUGCAGUGUCUACUUACGUCGAUAGUAACGUAGACAAUAAAGCGGCUCUCUCCAGCCACGACCCAACUGCGUUUCACAAAGUUGAUUGCCAGAAUCCCCUCGGUUCAAGUGCACUUAAUUUGGACGGCUUCAACAGCCCCCCUCUCCGACAGCCUUUUGCUAUGUACCCGUCAAAUCACACGGAUCCAAGCUACCCGUUUUCUGGGUUUGAGGUGGGCUCCGGUCUAGAAAGCCUGUAUGGUGGAUCGCUCUCUCCGCCUGACUACGUAACAGCACAUGGUGUAAGCGACUCUAAAUCGCAACGUCUUUCUCCGCAACUUGAGAGUCCCAUUUCCGAUUCUGCCGCAGUAUCUUCAUCGUCAUCUUGCGGACGCAAACUCUUCGCCACCACCGAGGCACCGUCGGCAGCACUGCGAUCAUCUGCAUCUGUUUCGUCCACAGACAGUGGACUGGAUCCACACGUAAAUUUACAUGUGUGCACCAACAGUACAAAUGACACUGGGCUAGAUCCCAGUCAUUCGUCCUCCUACUUGGAUACACCAACUAGCCCAUGGCGUCUGCGGCGACAGUGGUGGGUGCGCAACCCUAUCUCAUCUUCACCUCCAUCGUCUCCAACCCCUUACGGUUUGCCGUCUGACCACCAAACAAUCGCAUCCGAGGACUCGUUGGACCGGUCAUCAUCCGCAACCCGUAUCAAUGGCACUGCAAAGCAUGCACUGAAUCGGAGCGCCAGCAAUGACAGUUCCAGCCGUGUUUCAACGUCUCAUUUCGCUUUGGACGAAGACUGGGUUGCGGCGGCCACUUUACAUGAUGAGUUGGCCCAAGACACCGCGAACCGCGUUCGAUCAUCCGGUCUGAUGACUAGUCCAGUCCAGACGGUGGUUCGUGUGUCGUCUAUUUCAACCUCACCCUUAACUCAGUCGGUGACUUCAACAGCCACUACUGCCAGUUUCGACGAUGGAGAGAUUGCGACCGCAGCGGCUUCAUUACUUAGCCAAGCCGGAACCGGUGAUCCAUCUCUACUUUCGGCCCCCGGCUUGACACCUGAUUAUUCACAUAAACUAUGCAAUGUUAAUUACUGUCGAAGUAUGGACGAUGACGACGAUGAGAUUGUGAACGGAGUUGUCUCAGUAGCUGCGAUGGCCGAGGAAGAUGACUUGGACCCCACUCGUCCCAUGUUGUCUUAUGCCCAUAGUUCCUCUAUGUCACGAUCCUCCAGUGUCAAAUCUCUCCCUUCACUACGGCCGAAAGCAAAGCCCUUCCGGAGACAACCCUUAAUAAAUACUAAUCAUCAAGGUUUGGAUAUUGAUGCAUUCCUUGCUCAUUGA